CCCAGCCAGACAACGUUGACAGUCAACGUAUCUCCCGGUGUGUGUGUCGAUGGGAGAGAUAAGCCGAGUCUGGUCUUACUAUUCACGUAUGGCAGGGCUAUUCAUAGUACUAGUAGCAGCCCCGAACUCAUGGCCACCCUCGCAUAAUUUCACCCAAUACACUCCCUCUCCAGGGCCAGUGGUCAGCUGGGCCCCCGUCAGUCCUUUGGGAUUCCCUGGGAAUCCCCGCCAUGACCCGUCACCCUGUCCAAGUUUUGGUGCGUCUGGCUACUUGCAGGGGAUUGAAGGUUUGAACAUUCCAGACCGGGCGUGGGAAGCAAAAAUAUAAAAGGACUGGGGCUUGGACAAUCUGACUAACAUCAUCAAAAAACUUUAACUUUUCUUUGUCCCAGUACUUGGUUGUAUCCUGAAAUGGUCUUGGAGAAAGAAAGAAAAGUCCGGUGAUUUUCCCACCGGUCAGGUGAGCGCACGUGGUCUAGUCUAG